AUGGUGGAGUGGAGCAUGGUAGUGUGGGGCAUGGUGGAGUGGAGCAUGGUGGUGUGGAGCAUGGUAGUGUGGAGUGUGGUGGAGUGGGGCAUGGUGGAUGGAGCAUGGUGGUGUGGUGGAGGGCAUGGUGGAGUGGAGCAUGGUGGAGUGAAGCAUGGUGGAGCAGGGCAUGGUGGAGGGAGAGGCGUAUGGAGUGAAGUGGAGUGUGGUGCAUGGUAUGUGUGGUAUAGUGGUAGUGUGGAGCAUGGUGGAGUGGAGCAUGGUGGAGGUGUGGGGCAUGGUGGAGUGGAGGCAUGGUGGAGUGGAGCAUGGUGGAGUGGAGGCAUGGUGGAGGCAAGUGUGGAGCAUGGUGGAGUGGAGCAUGGUGGUGUGGGGCAUGGUGGAGUGUGGAGCAUGGUGGUGUGGAGCAUGGUGGUGUGGAGAGCAUGGUUGGAGUGGGGCAUGGUGGAUGGGCAUGGAGUGAAGCAUGGUGGAGGCGGAGCAUGGUGGAGAUGGAGCAUUGUGGUGGAGCAUGGUGGAGUGAAGCAUGGUGGAUCGGAGUAUGGUGGAGUGAAGCAUGGUGGAGUGAAGCAUGGUGGAGGGGAGCAUGGUGGAGGGGAGAGGUGUAUGCAUGGUGGAGUGGAGCUUGGUGGUGUGGAGCAUGGUAGUGUGGAGCAUGGUGGUGUAGAGCAUGGUAGUGUGGAGCAUGGUAGAGUGGAAUGUGGUUAUGCGGAGUAUGGUGGAGCUGAGUAUGGUGAAGUGAAGCAUGGUGGAGUGGAGGAUGGUGGAGCGGAGCAUGGUGGAGGGGAGAGGCGUAUGAUUAUUGGUUGUUCAUCUGCCUUUAAAAACAGGCAGGACAAGGUCACAGGAGAGUUGGCAGACAUCGAGAAUAGCACGCCAGAGACUGGAAUGGACUUGAUGGCAUGA